AUGUCCACCGUCAUUGAGACGCAAUCCGCUCGUAGGACACAACGGACACAAAAGGCCGUAACGGCCGGCAAAGAGGGCAAUGGUACAAGCAAAGAGCGGGAGCAAAGCCUGCAAGACAAGUUCUUCUGGACAUACACGGAGGAGCCUCAUCGAACACGCCGACAAGCCAUCAUCAAGGCGCACAAGGAGGUGCUCCAGCUAUGUGGCCCCGAACCGCUCACAAAGUACGUAGUGGCGUUCGUCGUCUCGCUACAGAUUACGUGUGCAUAUCUCCUCAGAAGUACUCCGUUCUUCUCAUGGCCGUUUUUCCUUACAGCAUAUGUGAUCGGGGCGACAGCAAACCAGAACCUCUUCCUUGCAAUUCAUGAGAUCAGCCACAACCUAGCAUUUCGGACAGGCAUCUACAACCGGCUCUUCGCCAUAUUUGCAAAUCUCCCCAUUGGGAUCCCAUACUCAGCAGGCUUCCGACAGUAUCACUUGACUCAUCACAAGUCUCUAGGUGUGGAUGGUGUCGAUACAGAUCUUCCUACGGCAUUGGAAGCGAUCCUCCUCGACUCGGUCGCAGGAAAGGCAUUCUUCUGCACAUUUCAACUCAUAUUCUACGCGAUCCGACCGAUGAUGGUUUACAAGAUACCAUUUGGACCGAUCCACUAUUCAAACAUUGCCGCUCAGAUCAUCUUUGACCUUGUCGUUCUCCGGUGGCUCGGCUGGAAAGCUUUGACCUAUCUUCUGCUCAGCUCUUUACUGGCCGGAUCGCUUCAUCCAUGUGCCGCUCAUUUCAUCUCAGAGCAUUAUGUUCUGGCAAAGUCGACCCUCGAGACAGGAAAGAUGCUGAAGGAUGUGCCCGUACCGGAGACAUUUUCAUACUAUGGCCCAUUGAAUGUCCUUACCUACAACGUGGGAUAUCACAACGAGCAUCACGAUUUCCCAGCGAUCCCGUGGACUCGCCUGCCCCAGGUCUUUGAGAUCGCACGCGAGUUCUACGAGCCGCUGCCAUGUCACCAAAGCUGGCCUUUGGUGCUGUGGCAUUUCAUUACGGACAAAGAAGUUGGCAUGUGGUGUCGGGUCAAAAGAGCCGAAGGCGGGAGGAUUGUGAGAGGGUGGCUAGAAGAUGAAGUGCAAAGUUGA